AUGUCUUUACCAAGAUUUCAAAAAGUAAACUUUGGAGCAUAUGAUAAUUAUAUUCCAGUCAGUGAAUUAAGCAAAAAAUCAUGGAAUCAGCAACAUUUUUCCUUGGCAUUUCCCAAACCACAACGUCCAGGAACAAAAAGGAGAUCAAUACCUUCCCAACUACGUGACAAUACAGUUCCUAAAACUGAUGAAAAAAAAUUGGGAUUUCAUAGACCGCCGUUAUGGAUGCACCGUUCUUUAAUGAGAAUUUCUGAAAGACCAUCUGUUUAUUUAGCUGCCAGGAGGAAGCCUCCAUCUAAACCCUCUCUUUCCCUGAAGGAGGAUUCUAAAGAUGUACGUGUAAAGGGACCUUUAUCUCCAGAAACUGGUAAGAAAAAAGACAGAGAUAUAUCAGAUUCAGAAUCAGAAUCCAAAGGUAGGAAAAAAGAUGCAAAGAACAAGGAAUCAGUCACAGAAUACAAAGAUGAAAAAUCUGGCACAAAGAAAGAUGCCAAAAAAGGGAAAAAAGAUGCGAAGAGCAAGGAUUCAACCACAGAAUCUGAAGAUGGAAUAGCUGGCAAAAAGAAAGAUUCCAAAAAAGGGAAAAAAGACUCAAAGGGUAAGGAAUCAACCACAGAAUCUGAUGAUGGAAAAGCUGGAGCAAAGAAAGAGUCCAAAAAAGGGAAAAAAGAUUCAAAGAAGAUCAAAGAAGGACCUAUAGAUUCAGAAGCUGAAAAGGGAGAUGCAAAAAAGGUUAAGGAUGACAAGAAAGGUGAUGAGUCAAAAGAUGCCAAGAAAGAUGCCAAGAAAGAUGCAAAGGACAAAAAAGAUAAGAAAGAUGAAAAGAAGGCAGCUAGUGGAGACAGUGAAUCAAAGGAGGACUCCAAGAAAGAUUCCAAAAAAAAUAGAAAGAAAGACAGCAAGAAGAAAGAAGUCAAGAAAGACACAGAUACAGAAUCUUCUGAAUCAAAGAAAGAUGAAAAGAAAGGCUCCAAGAAGGAUUCCAAGAAGGGUGCCAAGAAGGCAAAGAAGGAAGGAAGGAAGGAAGAAAAGAAGAAA